AUGGCCGCCUUGGCGAUUUCCCAAUGCGUUAGCCACGUGGCACGCCCCGUUUCACCAAUGACACAAUCAAAUUCCAGUGGAAGUCGGCAGCAAUUGCCCAUCCGAUCCGCUCUGAUCCUCCGCAAAAGCACAAGAUGGCAGUGGGAAAAGGAGCAAACUGGAAUGACAGAUGCCGAGUUGAAAAAACACCUCCAACAAAAGGGCACCAACGUGGCAGAGCUCCUGGAAAACGAGAAGAAACAAGUGCAAGCCUUCCAACAGAUCGUCAACGAGCUCAGCAAAGCAGGGAUCUCAGCCAGAGUGGUCACUCGACAACAACUCGUACAGUACCUCCCGGACACCGAUUUAGUGAUCUCAGCCGGUGGAGAUGGGACCUUUUUGGCAGCCGCCUCGGCAGUCAGCGACCAAACCCCAAUUAUUGGAAUCAAUACUGACCCGAUCGGUUCUGAAGGACAUUUGUGUGUCGGGGGCAAGACUCCGCCCAGAAAUCUCAUCGAACGUCUGGUAUCUGGAAAUUUGAAUUGGGUACAGAGAAGUCGUAUCCGGGUUACGGUAGCUGAGAAGAACAGUCUGUUUUCUAUGAAAAAGACGGCAAAGAAAGUGACAAAUUUGGCGUUAAACGAGGUGUUUAUCGGGGAGGAUGAGGCUGCCAAGGUUUCCACGUACAAUAUAUCGAUUGAUGAUUCGCAGACGGUCAAACAGAAAUCAUCUGGAUUGAUUGUCUCCACGGGGACAGGAUCGACUAGUUGGUAUCUUGGAAUGAAUCGAAUCGAUGAAAAUGCGACGACUUCUGUACUCGAGGCACUCCAAUCACUUGGAAUCAAUGUGCCGAUUACCAGGAAUUUGGUGGAGAAAGUUGUGACCACUGUCAAUGAGAAAAUUCCUUUUGAGCCGGAUCAUCCGAGUUUCGCCUUCUCAAUCCGUGAGCCAAUCUUCAACGCCACCUACAAACGGACGGCCACCCGCGGAUUCGCUCGGAAAAUCCGCCUGGAAUCCAGAUGUACAAACGGAUACCUUGUGUUGGAUGGAUCCACAAAAAUUCCGUUCCCACGUGGAUCCAUUGCAACUAUUGAAAUCAAUUCGAAUGAUGCACUCAAGACGGUUAUUGUGUGA